UGUUCAAAGCAAAAACACAAGCACACAUUAAAAUAAAUAAUUGAAAAACACAUACGACUAAUACAUAUAUUCAAAUAGAAUGGGCGAUGGUGAAAAGCGACGCGACCUUGGAAGCGUAGCCUCGCUUGGAAAGGCGAGAUUGACCGGGAUCCGUUUCUCCCAAGUGCAGCCAAGAGAGAGCAUACAAGUACCGAAUGUAGACGUUCGCGAAACUCUUCAUCCGUUCAAAUUCCGUCACUCCGAAGAUGAAGAUGGAAACACCUACAGGAGGGAGACCCAACUGGAACUGUACUUAUCUGAGCACAAGCACAUCCCGCAUGACGAAGUAGAUGUUUCAAGUAAACAUCCCAGUUAUACUAACUUCAAGAUUCCCUACAAUAUGGUCUGCGCACAACGUUAUGUAGAGUCUCGCAAGACCUACGAGGCCCAACUCGAGCAUGAGAUCAAGCAAAUGAUUGAUUUCCAGCGCAGUGCAGCUGAUGCCUGCUAUUUUGUGCGCUGCAUGGCAUAUACCACGUUUUGGCCACCCUUGCAUAAUAUGACCGAAGUGAGGCACACGGGGAAGCAUUUCUUUAGGCUGACGCGCAAGGAGAAGAGCCGCUUUCUUCAAAUCAUGAACACUGACAUAACGUAGACUAAGGGAUUUGAAAAACAAACUGUACCAAAUUGUCAUUAUUAGAUAACUAAAGCUUUUUACA